UCAAAACAUAAUUUCAAAAAGUUUGGGAGUGGAGGAAUAUUUAUGACCCCCACUGUGCAGACAUUAAAAAAUAGUCGCAUUUUUGGAAGAGAACUCGAGCGACUGCGCCCUAAAUUGUCAACUGAAAGCGAGAGUUGAAUUUGUAGCAAAGUGGAGAGUCGAGUCGAGAGCCGAAAUAAAACGAACCGAGAGGAUACGUCAAGGAAGGACAUACUGCGAUAGGGCACAGUUGUGCGCAGGACUCAAAGCGAGACACACGUCGUUGUUGGCCAAUUUGGGACGAAGGGAUUACGCUACGUCAAAAUUCACCCAAGAAGACAGCAUUGAAUUUUGUAAUCAAUUCAAAUAAUGAAAAUGUUGCAAAUAUUUGGUAAAAAAUUGACAAAUGGAUUUGAUUGCAAAGUAAUUGGUUGCCUGUUGCUCGCAUUAUUCGUGGCCAGCGCUCAAGGACUGAAGCUGCCCGCGUUUACAACCAAAACUCCGAGAGUGUCCAAAUACACGACCAAAUCGCCAUCAGCUUCGUCGCAAAAUCACGAUGCGAUCACAUCGCUGUAUCGCUUGAAUGCCACCAAUGGCAUCACCUGUAUUUUGAUGCAGGUGGAUGGCUUGAUUAGUGUGCGAUAUCGCAACAAGCUCAACGAGGAUGUCGAGGGCGAUUUGUAUAUGCCAGAUCAUCCGGUGCUCAGUGGCGAGUGUGUCGAGUCCAAUUUGGAGAUAAUGACCAUGGAGUUCAAGGGUUUCAAGCUGUCCAUGACAUUUAAAAAGUCAUCGGGCGGCGAGGGCUGGUACAUCAAUCUCUUCGAGUUGAGCUACUCAUCAUCGAAUCCGCUCUUCGAGCAUCCCGAUCGUCCCAAUCUGAAUGUCAAACUUACUUCGCCCGCCCACACGCCCAUGUAUUUCCCCACACCGGUGGGCAAGUCCUAUGUCUGCGAUAAGGAACAAACUGUCAUCCUCUAUGCUCCACACGAUUCGGGCGACCAGUCGGGGCACAUUGCACGCAUCUAUUUGCGCGACUUGCACAUGCAGAGCUUCAUGUUCAAGGAUAGUGGCAAGUGGGGACCAUCGUUCCAUUGUAGUGCCACUGGAUCCUAUCGCGAUGAGACGGCUCCCCUCGCUGUUGGCACUGCGUUGGCCAUUGCAGUGCUACUGACCAUUUCCGGCUAUGGCGGCUGGCGAUAUUUCAAAGUCAAGAAGGUGCAAUACGGUUCAAUGGAGUAAAAGAUUGGAAAUUGGAAAAAAACUUUCUGCCGCAUUUCUGUUCAACUAAUUGAGUCAAGUCUCUGUACCGUUAUUUGUUGCAUAUCAGUAUUCUCGUAUUUGAAAAACAACCAAACAAACCAAACCAAAAACUAAAACAAAAUGUAAAAGAAUUAUUGUAAUCAUGUUUCGAAACCUAGACGAAAGUUUUGUGAGGCAUCGUCCAGUACGAAAUAUUUAAUGUUAUAUUAUAAAUGAAGCGAUACAUAUAUGAGAAUUGCAAAAUGUCUUCCAUAUAGUUAAUAUUAUAAAAAUACUAACUAAUAUACAUAUUACAAAUUGAUAUGUAUAUGAACAUAAAUAUAUAUAUUAUAGAAAUAUAUAUAUAUUAUUAUAUACAUACGACUAUAUAUAUUUACACAGUUAACCAACAAAUUAUUACUGAAUAAUUUGCUGUGUUUAUUAGAGGUACACCUAAUAGUUUAAUAUAUUUAAUUGAAUGAUUGACUUUUGAAAUAGUUUCAAAAGCAAAACAUAUAAAAAUCUCCUUUUUUUUUUCUUGUUCCUCUAAUAAAUGCAGGCAUAUCUAGUUUAAAUAAUCUGGCAACUUUCAUAUCGAAUUCAAGUGUUAGUUUUUAAGUUUCGUAAAAAUAUAUAUUUCUAUUAUUAUCUCAAUUGAGUGCAUACUACACAUUUAAUCAUUUCAAUUUAUCUGCACCUCUUUUUAAUUUAAGAACACACUAACAUUCAGCCAAGUUAAUAAAUCGAUUCCAAAUAUAA